GUUAAGGAAACAACAACAAAGAAGAAAAAGAAGAACAAGCAAAAUUAUUUGGAGAUAUUAUCGAAACAAUAAAGUAUUAUAAGAGAGAAAAAUGUACGUGACACGGCCUCUUUCAAUGUACAAGAAGUAUCCCUCGGCUCUCUCCUUGCCUCCACCUGAGGGUCCGAAUACCGGAAUAUUGGUGAUUCAGGACGAAGCAGCCGAGCCAAGACAUUUUUUCGGAUUGUUUAAGGGUCACGAACUAAAACACUUGCCUUUUCCCCAGAACAAGGACUUGAAGCUUCGUUACUCCUAUUCGACCGGCACCGGACAAAACAGCACUCAACACGUUUCGCAUUUCUAUGCCGCCUUCAUCCCCGUUCUUAACCAGCCACUGUCUUCGAAUCGGUACUAUUUGAUACAGCCACACGGCAGCCAUAAAGGAGAAGCAUACACAAAUUCAACGCUAGAUGACAUGGAAACAUGCUGCUUCUGCAAAUUUGUCCGCGAGGUAGAGCCACAACCUUUGCAUCCCCAGAACAUAUACCAACAAUUCGAAAUCCGCCGUGAAGGAAGAUUCAAUCAAAUCGGCGGUUUCGUUGCCAAAUCACUAGCUGCAGACGGGUUCCCACCAAAAUUCCUUGCAAGGAAAGGGUGGGAAGCAUACACUUCAACUCCAAAAGAUUUCCAUUUGGACGAAGCGUCGGGCCUAGACACAACUCUCCGGUCCCGCCUUCCUGAAUUCAACUUCCCAUUAGCCUCCACAAACUCUAGUAGCCCUGUGGUUGUGGGAAAAUGGUACUGUCCCUUCAUGUUCAUCAAAGAGGGCACACCAAAGGAGCAAAUGAGCAAAUCAAUGUACUACAAAAUGACUCUUGAGCAGAGAUGGGAAAAAAUUUACUUAUGUGAAAGAGAUUCUAGUGAAGCAAAUGGUUCCAUAAUUGAUGUUGAUGUUGAGGUUGAAAGAGAAGUAGUAAUGGUUGGUGGGAAGGAAGUGGGACAUGUUGAGAGAGAUGAGGCUAAUGAGGUGGUUUGGUAUAGGAGUUUUGGCAAUUGUGUGGGCUUGAGUUUGGCAAUUGUGGGGAAAAUGGAAUGGGAAGAGAAAAAUGUUGGGUGGGUUAGAGGGAAUGAUAGGAAAGUGAGAGUGAAGAAAGUGGAGGAGAUUGAUGGAGAGAUGAGUAAUGAAUGGAGAAGAUUUGGUUGCUUUGUGUUGGUUGAGAGGUUUGUACUUAGAAGAUUGGAUGGAAGCUUGGUUUUGACUUAUGAAUUUAGGCAUACUCACCAGAUUAGAAGCAAAUGGGAAUGAGAAAUUUGUUGCUCUUUUAUGCUGUUUUGAUCAAAGGCUGGUAUAUUCACUUGUGUCAUGUGUGCCUAUAUUUGACUAUAUAGCCGAGAAAAUUACUGAAUUUAUCCUUAGAAGUGAAUAAGU